GCGCGGCGGCGGACGGUGGCCGGCAUGGAGCACCUGGAACGCUGCGCUUGGUUCCUGCGGGGCACGCUGGUACGGGCGGCCGUGAGGCGCUACCUGCCCUUGGCGCUCGUGGUUUCCAUGGUGGCGGGCUCCUUCGUGAAGGAGUUCUCCCCGCUGCCCGAGAGCUACCUCAGCAACAAGCGCAACGUCCUGAACGUGUACUUUGUCAAACUGGCCUGGGCCUGGACGUUCUGCCUCCUUUUGCCUUUCAUUGCCCUCACCAACUACCUCCUGACGGGCCAGGCCAGCCUCGUCGUGCGGCGGCUGAGCACCCUGCUGGUGGGUACGGCCAUCUGGUACGUCUGCACGGCCCUCUUCUCUUGCAUCGAACACUACACUGGCAGCUGCUACCAGUCCCCGGCCCUGGACGGGCUCCGGAAGGGGAUCCAGAGUAAGCCGCAGUGCCAGCAGGAGGGAGGCUUCUGGCACGGCUUCGACAUCUCCGGCCACUCCUUCCUGCUGGCCUUCUGUGCCCUCAUGAUCGUGGAAGAGAUGGCCGUGUUGCACGCGGUGAGGACAGAGCGGAGCCACUUCUUGCACAUGCUUGUCACCACCUUGGUGGUGGCCCUGGGCUUCCUGACCUGUGUGUGGCUGUGGAUGUUCCUGUGCACGGCAGUGUAUUUCCAUGACUUCUCCCAGAAGUUGUUUGGCACCAUGUUCGGCUUGCUGGGCUGGUACGGGACAUACAGGUUUUGGUACCAGAAGCCCUUUUCACCGGGACUCCCGCCUCAGAGCUCUAGCUUGAACGUGAAGCAAGACGGUUACAAGAAGUGAGAUGGGAGCGGGCGAGGGGGGCGGCAGGGAACAACAGGGCAAGACUGGCAUGGUUUUCACUUCCUUGGUUUGGUUGUCAGCGGAGUUCCUGGUCUUGCUGCUCCCGGGCAGUUUUGGGGGCUGGUGGUGGAGUGUGGAGAGCUACCCUUGGCCAUGUUGCCUGGGUCCUGAGCACCCUGCUUCCCAGCCAGACACUCCUGGUCCCGGGCAAGACCUGACCGUGGCCCGGGAUGCCCCCUUUUUGUCUCCAGCACAGAGAGCUGAGGCUCAGCAGGAAGGACCUCCAUGAGUGGCUGAAGGGGAAAGGGCAGCGUCCAUCGGAGUCCUGAGCUGCUGGUGCCCCGAUGCCCGGCGUCCUUCAGUAUGAAGGGCCCUCGUGGUCCGAGGGAACAGCACCUCCCUCCGGUCGGUCUGCGGGCACUUUGGUUCCCAGCUGGCUUCUUCAUACAGCACCCUCAUGCCUGAAAGCCAACCCCUGGUUGUAGCGUUUGUUCCCGCCCUCUUGCCACUGGCUUGCGGGCUGUGAGCCCCCAACCAAAAUGUGCCCUUAAAAUUGCCGUGCCUCUGCCACUGAACACUAGACGAUUCCCCAUGUGACGGAAAGCAACGUUUCCCCUCCAGGUUGGCUGUUCUUAUAUGGCCCUUUUUGGAACAACAAUUUAUCUUGUCCCCUCCUCUUCUGCCCGUAAGUUAAGUGAGCACUUUAUAGUUUUAACAAGCCUACGUUUCUCCAUUAACAGAGUCCUAGGAGGGCAAGUCGCAGCCCCUGGGCCCUGCGUUGGCACAUGUAGCUGGUUUUGAGGGUCUAUUUUAGAACACUAAUUUGCUUUUUAUAAACCUGGCUCUUGGCUCACAGUAUUAAAUUCCACCUUGUGCAGUUGCUUUCUCUGUGAAGAACAAAAUGAGAAAACUGGAAAGCAUUGUUCUCAUUGUAAUUGGGUGGAUCUAGGCUGAGCCUGAGCAGCUGCAGGAGACACUUGUUUAGACACAAGCUUUCUUAGCUACAUACCCUGGUCUGGGCCAGGUGUUGAUGGUGCUGCUGUGGGCCCAAGGCGUUUUCAAGAUUUGAAUUGAUUCCUCAGUGUGAGGUGCUGUGCCCCCAGCCGCAGGAAGCCGGCCUGUUCGCACAGGCAUCCCUGUGGCAAAAACAGCUUUGGCCAUAGCUGCUGCUUACAAGACAAGGCAAAGCCUGGGCCUGUCCCCCUGCCCUUGGCAUGAACUGACCUUGGCUUUCCCCUGUGCCGCUCUUGUCAGCGUCCACCUUAGCCAUCCGGUGGCCUUGGCUGGGAGAACGCUGGCAGGGGUGGGAAUCCUGCCGCCUCCAACUGGCAGAGGCACAGCUCACACCCUGGGACCCGGCACCUCCUCAUUUCUCUUGGUCCAAGUCUGCUCCUUGAACUUCCCAACACAGGAUGCCUCCCUGGCACCCUCCCUCCCAACAGGCCUGGUGACAUAACUGAUUCACACUACACGUAACUGGCCCAAGUUAAGCUUGUCAGGAGCUUGAGGGCAAGUCUUCAGGGCAAUUUAUAUAUACAGAUCACAUACAUAUCUAAAAAGGUAUAUUUAAAAUACAUGUUUUAUAUCCCACCCAGCUAUAGGUGAGCUUUAUCCUUCCAAACAUAAGGCUGACAGUAUUGUACCCAGAGAGAAACAAACACAGACACUGAGAAUGUAGGGCAGGGCAGAGACUGGGGUGGGAGGGCCGGUGGGGCAGGGGCCCGGGAGAGGGGCCUGGGAGAGGGGCCUGCUGGCAUCCUCUCCUGUGUCUUUUGGUCGGUCCCACAGGAGAAGGAGCACCCAGAAGCUCGCUAGUCACGCUCCAUUCCAGACACAUUGCCAAGUGGCCGUGACUCUGGCUUGGCACCAAGUGGGCAUGGAGGAGCAUUCGGCUCCCACCACUUGCUAGUUCUCGGCCCCUCUUUUCUCAGCUUUCCCUCAGGAACUCCCUGUGAGGCAGCCCCGCAGAGGCAGAGCAGUGAGUAGGGGGCUCAGGCAAGCAGGCCUCAGCCCAGCACCUGGCAGGAUGAGGCUGCGGGCAAGCCUCCUGGUCCUCUGCCAGAUGUGGAGGGUCUUGUAAGGCACACGAAGAGUGACGCAUGUGGCAGUUGCCUCAUUGCCCAGUUCUUGACAGAGCCUUCUGGUCAUCCUGGCUUUUGAAGAGAAGCCUGAGACAUGAGCUUCUCCGGGAUGGUGGAGCCCUGGGUUUCCCAUGGCGUGGUUUGAUGAGAGUAUGCUGUCCCAGCUACUGAGUUGGGGGUUGCGGGGGACCUCAGCAGUCCCAGAGCCCUGACCCCUGCCGUGGCUUGUCCCUCCCUGCGUUGAGGUUCGGUCCCUGGCACCUUGUUUCCCGUGGUGUCUGUCCUUGUCUGGGUACCAGAUUGUGUUUGGAGAUGGCUCUUGUUGCUGCUAUGUACACAGAUGUCAUAUGUGUGUAAACAAGCACAUGGAAAUAAACUGGAGAUAAUGAGCCCUC